UUGAGUGUUCGUGGGAAAAAUAAGAAAGAGAAGCUUGAAGACUUCUUUAAAAACAUGGUUAAGUCAGCAGAUGGAGUCAUUGUUUCCGGAGUAAAGGACGUGGAUGAUUUCUUUGAACAUGAAAGAACAUUCCUUGUAGAAUACCACAACCGAGUCAAAGAUGCCUCUGCCAAAUCUGAUAAAAUGACAAGAUCACACAAAAAUGUAGCAGAUGACUAUAACAGAAUUGGUUCCUCAUUAUAUGCAUUAGGAACACAGGACUCUACAGAUAUAUGCAAAUUUUUCCUGAAGGUAUCAGAAUUAUUUGACAAAACAAGGAAAAUAGAGGCCCGAGUGUCUGCUGAUGAAGAUCUUAAACUUUCUGAUCUUCUCAAAUACUACUUAAGGGAAUCUCAAGCUGCUAAGGAUCUCCUAUAUAGAAGAUCUAGGUCACUAGUGGAUUAUGAAAACGCUAAUAAGGCAUUGGAUAAAGCAAGAGCAAAAAAUAAAGAUGUGUUGCAGGCUGAAACCACUCAACAGAUAUGCUGUCAGAAAUUUGAGAAAAUAUCUGAAUCGGCAAAACAAGAACUGAUAGACUUUAAGACAAGAAGAGUUGCAGCAUUCCGAAAAAAUCUAGUGGAACUAGCAGAACUGGAAUUAAAGCAUGCUAAGGGUAAUUUACAGCUGCUGCAGAGCUGCCUGGCAGUGUUAAAUGGCGACACAUAAGCAACACUCCGUCCUCCCACUAACAAGGGCUGCUCUCCUCUGGAUGUUUGUUUUCGUGACUUUAAAUAGGCAUUUAAGAUUCCCAGGAGAAAUCCUUUGGCAAAGUACACAUAAGCAAGCUCCUCCUCUUUUCAAAACAAUUAAAAAACAAAAUCUGAAAGUAGCUCCAGAUUAUAUGAAGCAACAGCAUACUUGUUAUCCAUAAAUACUCAUGUUUAUUUAAUCAUUCUAUGCUUUCAUUCUUCAGAAACCAAAUGCUCUGUUUGUGUGAAAGUAGCCAAUAUAAUUAUGUUCAUGUUAUGAAUAGUAUGAUAUGGCUGCCAAUCUUAUUUACCUUUGUAAGUAAUUUCUGAAGUUGGCAUUUGAAAUACUGUUCAAAUGGACAAAAUAUUACCAUUAGAUAUUUCAAUAUUGUCACUAUAAUGCAUUGUAUACCCUGUCAUAGUUUUCUCCAUGUACUGAUACCAAGGAAUUUAAUCUUUUUUUUUUUAAUUGUGAACAUUUCUUAGAAAUUUUGGAGAACUUUGUGUAACCUUUAUAACUAUCAUUUUAAAAAGAAAAGCAAAUGCAUUAGUAUGUUUGCCUUAACUUGUAGACUAAUCCAAUUAUUGUAAAAUAAACCAUGAAAUCGAUGAUUUUUCUAAAAU